UAGAGCUCCUUUCAGCUAUCCAGGUCACCCGAAAUCUUUUCCAGUGCAAGAGUUGGGAAAUGACUUCAAGAAACAAAAAGGAAUUUAAAUGCAAGGUUCUUAUCAUUGGAAGUGGUGUUAUUGGUCUGACCACUGCUUAUUUACUACUGGAAAGAGGGCAUCAUGUGGUUAUUAUAUCAAAGGAUUUUCCUUCUAUUCGACGCUUACCUAAGAUUGCUUCAGAAGCCUCUGGAGCACUCUGUGUUCCUCCUAUGGCUAUGGUUCAAAGGGCUGCAGAUGUACCGCAUGGUAAAUCAGAAUCUGAGCAAAGAAUCUUGAAUGAAACUUUGAAGGAAUGGUCAGUAUAUGGGGGAGAAAGAUACACCUCACUUUGCAAUGAUUCAAGAAAUACAGGAGUGUACUUAAGAGAGUUGGUAUUUCUUUUGGGAGAAAAAAUUGAUCCUGUAAUAUUGGAGGAGUACAAGCAAAUGAAAAGAUUUAAAAAUUCUAUGUCAUUGAUUAAGGAGAAAGGCUUGACAGAUGGAAAUGGUCUGAUAAAAGAUGCUGUUUCUUUUCUUGCACCAAUCAUUGAUCCACCAAAAUUUGGAACAUGGCUUUUUGAAGAGUGCAAAAGGAAAGGGGCACACUUUAUACAAGGUGCCAUUAGAGGACCACUGACAGAGCAGGGGGAUGCACUGAGAAUGACAUAUGGUGUUCAGUUUAUUGUCAACUGUUCAGGCUUAGGCUCAAUAGAGUUAGCUGGAGAUCAAGGAAUGUUCCCAGCAAAGGGGAUUCUCUUGAAGGUAAAAAACGAUGGCAGUUUAUUUCCUAAGAUUGAAUUUUGUGUGGAAGGGAAGCAUACCAGCUUUGGACAUGAUGAAUCAGGACAAGAAAUUUGUGGUCGUCCAUAUCUUUUCCCCAGAGGUGAAGAUACUCUGAUGUUUGGCUCAUUCUAUCAGCUAAAUCGGUGGGACUGCAGUGCAUCUAUUACAGCUCCAUAUGUCCAAUCUAUGAUCAGACAAUGCAAGGAUCUCAGUCCGUGCCUGAAUUCUCUUAGGGAUAGUGAUUUCCAGGUUAUUGUUGGCAUUCGACCUGGAAGAAAACCUGGACUUAGACUAGAACAAGAUCCUUUAGAACCCCGGAUAUUUCAUAAUUAUGGUCACUAUAGGUGGGGAAUGACAUUAAACUGGGGAAGCGCUAGAGAUCUUGUUUAUCUUAUCGAGAAUGAGGCAAAUAGGAUCCAAAAUGCCAAAGGGGAAGGAAAAUCAGCUGUUGCCAAACUGUAGCUGGAGAGGUUAAGCCUGGAGCAAUCUUAACUUACGUGUAACUCUGGAAAAAAAUUGUGUACAGUGACACUGUUAUCAAGCAAAACCCACAUUAUAAGCACGUGAAAACGAUUGAAUUGAGCUGUUUUAAGUGAGACCCAAGACCAGCAUUUAGAGGACAGCUCGAGAUGUUUUGCUGUAGAGUUUUAAUGUUUCAGGGAAACUAAAGAACUUUAAAACCUUUAAACCCUUAAUUGAUAAAAAGAAAUUUUCAUAGCCCUGUGGUAUUGUUGUAGAUUAGUCUUAACUAUAUAUUAUUAUAUUAUUACAUGUAUUUAUAUAAUAUAAAUUACAUUGUCUGUGUGAAAAUUAUUUUUAUAGGAACCUUUCCUUUUAAAUAGCUAAUAAGAGAGGACCAGUGAGAACUGUUUGAAUUUUGAAUUUUGAAUUUUGAAUUUAGAAGCUCUUUGCACUAGAAAUUAAAAAAUUGGCAAAGGUAACUAGGUUCACAGAUACGUGUUCUUGCACUCCACUUGCAGCCAACGUUUCCCAAUUGCUCAUCAAACAUUCCACAUUUUGCUUCUAGAAAGCUAAAAUCAUCAGAGUAAGUUCUCAAUCAAGAGUGUAACGUAGGAAAAUAAACACACUCCACCCCCGUGUUACUGCUGAUUCAAAGAUAGUAAAUGACAUCGGAUUUAUAUACUAUUUGUUUUACAGUGGUGACGGUAUUAUCAUUAUUACUAUUUUUACCUUAAACAUACAAUUUAUCGGCAAUAGCAUGUUUUCUGUAUCCACAAACCAUUCUCAUGGGGUAAAACAAGAAUAACCAUAAAAAUGCCACAGCCAUAAGCCCAAACAAAUUCCUUUUCUCAUAUUUUUGCCACAGAGAUUACACUGUGAUUCAACUUUUUUAAAAUUUUGAAGAAAUUGAGUUGUAGUCAAUCAACUCGUAUUAAACGAUUUCCAUCUCUCCUAGUGGGCAUAAUCUUUCAUCUACUUCUUAACUUUAUCUGGUCUCUUUCAGUUUAUAUAAAAAUGAAAUAAAAUAAAUCACGUAAAUGUCAAACUAUGUAGCCUGGGAGAUACCCAUUCGUAGUUUACAAUAAGGGAUCACAGACUAAUACAGAAAACAAAACUUAGAUGGCAAAGAUAUCUUUAAUCAAAUAUGAAUAAUACAAAAUGCAGUCUAAGAUUUUUGAAAAAUAAUACUAAACAUAUUUGAUACCUAUCAGCAGCUGAACUAGUCUAUUAUAUAACAACCUAAUUUAUAAUAGAAUGACAUUCUUUAA